UGACUUGUUUCCUAAUCUAAGAAUAUAGUGAGUUAGGAAUUCCUGACUUGUUUUUUUUCAAGACAAAUUUCUGACUUGUUUUCUAGAGUCUGGAGGAUGCUUAAUUUUAUAGUACUUUUUAAAUGGUCACUGCCAUCAUUAAAAACUUAUAUAUGUGUUUGAUCAUCAUGACUACCUCCACUAGCAAAUGCCUGUAUCAUUUUGAUUGCAUAAUGUUUUAGGGAUUUAUGAGUUGUUGUUUGGUGCCUACUUCUACUUGCACAAUUACUCUUUCUAGAAAUAUAUGUUUGAAGCGGACUAAGUAGGUGAGUGUUGGUGCAUAUACAAAUAUGUUAUAUAAGAAUAUCUGUUCUGGAGUUAAUGGUAAAAGGCUUUGCUUUUUUAUUUUCUAUGACUUUCCCUACUGCUAUCUUUGUAUUAGACAUCAUGAUGUCCUUUUUUUGUUGGCACCAGGCAUUCCAAAUGUGGUUUAGCUGUUGCAAGGAAGAAAUUUGAAAGCAUACAACAGACAAGUAAAAAGAAGAGUCAGUAAAAGAAAUGCCUUUUUUGACGAAGUCCAUUAAUUGUGAUGUUGCUAGUUGGUCAAUAAAAAUAGUUUCUCCAUCAUGCACCACUUACAUGUUUGUUGUCAACUAAUUUCUUGAGGUAAAGAUAGUUUCAGAAAUAGAAGUAUAUUUGAAAGAAACACAACAUUGUAUCAUAUAAAUAUCUAGAUGAUUGUUUGGUUCAGGUACUGCAAGCUAGCAUAUCGGGAGCUAUUUCUGUCAAAUGAUGCUAAUUCUUUAGAAAAUUCUUCAAUAGGCUUUGGAUGAUCAUCACUUUUUAUGCCGUGUGUCGUGUCUUAUGUGAGAAGUAGAAGUUACAGUAUUGAUCAGAUUAUCAUCACUUUUGUAUGUCUUGUGUCAUGUCUUAUGUGAGUAGUUGAAAUUACAAUUUUGAUGUAUAUCUUGUAACAUUACGUGAUCUCAAUCCUAUAUUGUACGCACAAGUUUAUUUGGAUCCCUGUGUUAUGCACAACAUAUGUAUGAGUAUGAUUAUUGUGCACUCUAGGGCAUGUGACAGUAUGGUCUACUCAUCUGUGCUGUAAAACAUUGAAUAUAAUUUGUGAUGUUUUUGUGGCAUGACAGGGUUUGUAGAUGUAAGUAUUAUGGUGUUAUACAGAGUUGUGUCAAUCCAAGCAACUGCCAAAGGAAACAAACUAGAUUAGGGACCUGCUCCUCAGCAUGAAUGUGGUGGAUUGGGUGGUGGGAGGGGAUCCACCCGAUCUCCAUGUAGUUCCAUUCUCCCUCGGCUUGUUUUCCAUUAGUGCCACACGAAGCUUAAGUGGGAAAGUUAUGGUUGGGCUCCAAGGGGAGUGUGCGAUUGUGAGCCAAGAGCCGGCCUUGUUCAAUGGGUCCAUAAGAGAAAAUAUCGGGUUUGGAAACCGAAAGGUAUCGUUGGCCGAAAUUGAGGAGGCUGCCAAGGAGGCCAAUAUCCACAAGUUCAUAGCUGGGCUUCCCCGAGGCUAUGAUACUCAGGUUGGAGAUAGCGGGAUCCAGUUGUCAGAGGGUCAGAAGCAGAAGACCGCGAUUGCACGAGUAUUCGUUAAGCAGUCCAGGAUAUUACUUCCGGGCGAGGCCGGCAGCGCGCUGGACCUCGAAUCCGAAAAGGAUAGCACGGUGCGCGAAGCCGACCGCAUCGCCGUCGUGAGCAACGGGAGGAUAGUGGAGCUCGGCAGCCAUGACGUCCUUCUAGCGAGCAUCGGGAUGGCUUGCAUGUCACGAUGGUGAAGGCGGAGGUGGAGGCGCAGGUAUUCGCAUAGAA